UUUGUCGCACACGGAUAGUAACAGCCGUGUCGUCGCGAAACAGUAGACGUGAAGGACAGAAUCAUGCAGGUCGUCGCAAUCUUAUUGGCGGUCAAGCCCCCACGCCCCGCACUAAUCCUAGCCGCAAGUGCGCCGCAUCCAUCCCAACUUCCUCACUUCAAUCUUCGCACGACUACCCCUGCGAAAUCAACGACACCGGCCCACGUCCGUGUUACAAGCAAACAACCGGUUCAUAAUGCCAGCUCCCAACGAUAUUCUCUCCGACGCGGAUAUCAGCAAGGCCUACGAGGAUGUCAGGAGCGACAAAUCAGAGACCACGUGGCUUGUCCUCAAGUAUGAAUCCGCAACAAAAGACAACCUAAAGCUAUCUGGCAGCGGUACAGGUGACAUUGCCGAGAUGGUUGAAACUUUUGGUGACGACGAGGCGGCGUACGGAUACGUGCGUAUGAAGCUAGGAAACGACGAGUAUUCGGAGCGGGUCAAAUUCGUGUUCGUUGUCUGGGCUGGUCCCAACACCAAGAUCAUGCGCAAAGCCAAGAUGAGCUUCCAAAGCGGGCAGGUCAAGCAAGUUGUUCGCACAUAUGCUGUAGAAAUUCAAACAAGCGACAGGAAGGAGCUAGAGGCGGAUCAGGUCACCAUGAAGCUGCGAAAAGCCAUGGGCGCUAACUAUGACCGUCAAACCACGACGUACUGAGUCAAUAUGGCUGAUUCUGCAUUACCUCUGUAGUUCACAUGCCAAAUACUAGAUUGGAGAGAGCGAAGAAUCAGCUUCUGACAGUGGUCGGAACCCAGACUUUCCGAAUGAGGCGCACUCUCCGAGCACGUCCGAACGUUAGUCGAAGUCCACGAUGUCCACGACCACACUGAGACGAAAUCAAAUUAAACGCUGAUCAACAUUGCACGGAAACCAUCACGUCCUCGCGC